AUGGAACACGAAACCAUCAGAUUAUUGCUAGUAGGAGACGAGAAAUGCGGCAAGACAACCUUUCUUUCGCGCCUCAGCGCAGGAGAGCACACCAACCCGAUCCCACUGCUACGCAACAUUGACCAGCCCUUUGUCUUCGAAAUCAAGCUCGGCGUCAAAGAGUAUAGACUCGAGUUCUCCGACACGUCGUCACCGGACAGCUGGCGGCUGCUUGACCCCGAUGUUGUGAUCAUUUGCUACGAUAUCAGCCAGCGUCUCAGCCUCAUCAAUAUGAAGCGCUUUUGGAUUGACGAGGUCAAGCGGACAUUUGAGCGCAUAGACUCGCUGCCCAUUGUGAUUGUAGGGCUGAAGAGGGACCUGCGAUCAGAAGACGACCCCAACGGCAUCAUCUACCCACACGAGGCAUACGCAGCCGCGCAGGAGCUGCGAGCUGAUCGAUAUGUCGAGUGCUCCGCGGUGACAGGGGAGUUGAUCAAGCCGGCUUUUGAGGACAUAUGCAAGACGGCCAUCAACACAUCGACAGCAGCCGGCGGCCAGACUGAAGGUGGCUGUACAAUACUGUGA